CAGGUAGAUAAUCUGGCUAUUUCAUGGGAGUUCCAGCCUUCUUUCGAUGGCUGUCCCGGAAAUACAAGAGUCUGAUUGUCAACGCUCACGAGGAGAAGGAAAAGGAGGUAAAUGGCAUCAAGGUACCGAUCAAUACUUCUCUACCCAACCCUAAUAACAUGGAGUUUGAUAACCUUUACCUUGAUAUGAACGGUAUUAUCCAUCCUUGUUGCCAUCCUGAAGAUCGCCCAGCCCCUAAGAAUGAGAACGAGAUGAUGAUCGCUAUAUUUGAUAUGCUGGACAGGUUGUUCAACAUCGUCCGACCUAGGAAGAUCCUGUACAUGGCUAUUGAUGGUGUUGCACCAAGAGCCAAGAUGAACCAGCAGAGAUCUAGAAGGUUCAGGUCUGCAAAGGAGGCUCAGGAGAAAGAGGAGAUGUUGAGUGAGAUGAGGAAAAGGUUGAAAGCGCAGGGUUGUAUUCUACCUCCAGAGAAAGAAAAGGGCGAGAGAUUUGACAGUAACUGUAUCACACCAGGUACCGAAUUCAUGUUCAGAUUAGCAGAGUGUUUGCGUUACUACUGCUUCCAAAGACUGAAUAACGACCCUGGCUGGGCAAACAUCCAGGUCUACUUGUCCGACUCCAACGUGCCCGGGGAGGGAGAACACAAGAUAAUGGACUUCAUCAGACGUCAGCGUCAGAGCCCCCACUAUGAGCCUGAUACUCACCAUUGUUUGUGUGGAGCUGACGCUGACUUGAUAAUGUUGGGACUUGCAACUCAUGAGCCUCACUUCACAAUUAUCAGAGAGGAGUUCAAACCAGGUCCCCCUCCUUCAAGACCCUGUGAGUUGUGUGGACAAGAAGGCCAUGAUGUGGAGAUGUGUCGGGGACUUGCUAAAGAGGAGGACCAUGUUGAGGGGGUCGGAGCUAAGGUUACAAUGGAACAGCAGUAUAUCUUCGUGCGGCUCUGCGUUCUCCGGGAGUACCUUGAGGACGAACUGUCCACUUUGAAGAACGUUUUGCACGGUAACUACUGUUUGGAGCGAGCUAUUGAUGACUGGGUGUUCCUGUGUUUCUUUGUCGGUAACGAUUUCCUGGCUCACUUGCCGUCUCUGGAAAUCAGAGAGGGAGCUAUUGACAGGUUGUGUAGGUUGUAUAAAGAUACUGUGGAUAAAACUAGAGGAUAUCUUUGUAAGGACGGAUUCCCUGACUUGAGAAAGGUACAGAUAAUAAUGACAGAGCUCGGUAAGAUGGAAGACGAGAUAUUCAAGGCUCGUUAUGAGAAGGAGCAGAUGUUCAGAAAGCGGGACAAGGACAGGAAAAAGAGAGAGAAGAUGAAGACUCCUCACUGGACUCCUAACCGACCUUCAACUGCCGCUAACGGCGCUGUGUCUGGAUUAUACAAACAGUUCUCUGAACCAGUAGCUCUCGGAGGAGACAAGAAGAAUCCGUGGGAAGACAAGAAGAAACUAGAAUCAAAUAAUGGAGCAGGUAAGACAUCAGCAGUAGCGAGCUACAUAAAACAAGCACGUGAAGAUAGCGGAGAAAAGAGUGGAGGCUCGGAGGAAGGAGGAAAGAAGAGACCAGCUGGAGAAGAGGAAGAAGAAGAAGAUAAGGAACCUGCUGAUGACGUCAGACUACACGAGGACGGCUGGAGGGAUAGGUACUAUCUACAAAAGUUCAAGGUGUCACCUGAAGACACAACCUUUGUUAAGAAAGUAGUGGCAGCAUACGUCACCGGGCUGUGCUGGGUUCUCAGGUACUACUAUCAAGGAUGCGCUUCCUGGAACUGGUACUUCCCAUUCCACUACGCUCCAUUUGCCUCCGACUUCAGACACAUAACUGAUAUGUUCAAAGACUUCCCCCUUGAUACAAAACCUUUCAACCCGAUGGAGCAACUUAUGGGCGUUUUUCCUGCAGGUAGUAAGAAGUUUCUGCCGGAUGAUUGGGCCGAACUAAUGUACCAGCCAGACUCUCAGAUCAUUGACUUUUACCCCUCUGAUUUCAAGAUUGACUUGAACGGCAAGAAGUACGCUUGGCAAGGAGUUGCGCUGCUUCCUUUUGUUGAUGAGAAACGUCUGCUAGGAGCGCUGGACACAGUCUACGACACUCUGGACGAACGGGAGGUAAAGCGAAACAAGCCUGGUCAGGACCGGAUCUUCAUCUCGUCUAAACAUCCCUGGUACGAGAGUUUCAAGGCUCUGUACGAGUAUCCUGAUAAAACAGAGUAUGUGGAGUUGGACCCAACUCAAGGCAGGGGUACUACAGGUAAUGUGCGCCCUGAUGACGAGGCUAUCCUACCUGGUCAGACUGUGAGGUCCCCAGUCCCCGCACUUGCUCCCUUCGACAACACUGGAGCUAUCUCAGCAGGUUACCAGAACCCCCAGUUUGUUAAAGGGUUCGUGUUCCCAGCCAAGCUCCUCCCCAAUGUUAAGCUCCCUGAAAAGAGCCUCAAACCAAAGGAUUGGAAUGACAACAGGCGGGGAUCUUAUCGGCCCUACACAGGGUUCCAAAGAGCGCGGCCAAUGCAGGGCCCCAACACAGUGGGUAACAGAAUGUUAGGAAACAUGGUGCGUGGGUUCAGACCUCCGCAGGACCGUCCCAGAUAUCCGCCCCCGGGACAGCGUCAUCCGGCCCCCCACCGACAACCUUACAGACAUCAGAACAGAAAUCAGAACAACUACAACCCUUACAGGCGCUAGUGAGGUGUGAUCCAACAGCUUGUACCUUCCUAACUUAACAUAUAUAUUCUUAAUUAUAAGGUGCAGGCUGCCAAGUCUUUUAAUUUAAUUUUAUUAUUUUGACUUAUUAUCAUGGAGGACAGAUCAUUAACUUUAUUUUUGCUGCUGAAAUCUUUGAGCAAAAAUAUUGAAAGAUGCAUAGUUUUAUGUGUUAAGUUUUUAACUCUAUUUUGGGAGAUAUAAGUGUAUUUUGGAACUUUAUUCUUAUUAAGUAAAUAAGAAUAGUAACUACAUGAUAAAGAUUAAAUGCUGUGACCUUGAUUAGGUCAAUAGUUUGUACAUUUCCUCGUAUUUGAAUCGUAUCUUCACUUUGUGUGGGUUAAUUUGAAGUUACGAUCUUUUUAAUAGAUUCUUCUUAUUGACGAGAAGAUCAUAAUAUAAAUAGGAUACGAUUUAUAUCUGAGUGUUAAAGUACUACAUUUAAUAAUUGACCACCAUCAUUUGAUUGGUUCAUGCAA